AUCCCAUGGGCAGAUAUGGACAGCCAGAUAGCAUAGGGACAGCACCUACACACCCUGCCAACGCUGCAGGGGCCUCUGCUCCGAGCCCUAGGAUUGAAAUUACUCCAUAUCAUGAACUGAUUCAUUCAGGGGGUCCCUUCCGCAGCAGAGACACAGAUGUUCUUUUGGUAGAACAUCAGUCAAACUCAGCUACUGCUAGCCCAAGGGUUACCCUGCCUGUCCCUGGCUUUGAGGGCUACAGAGAACCACUGUGUCUGAGCCCAGCUAGUAGCGGCUCCUCUGCAAGUUUCAUUUCAGAGACAAAUGUAUCUCCUUGCACAUCACCAUGUGUUUCACCAAAUAAUGGUCCUAGUGAUGACCUUUGUCCACAGUUUCAAAACAUCCAUACUCAUUAUUCUCCUAGAACCUCUCCAAUAAUGUCACCACGAACAAGCAUCACGGAGGAAAGCUGCUUGGGACGACAUUCACCAUCACCCUGUCCCAACUCAAGGUCUUCAUCACCAGGUGCAAAACGGAGGACCCCCUCUCCACAGCCCUCUCCUCGCAUCCCCCUGAGAGAAGACAACUCUUCAGUUACUUACACGCAGUUGCCCAGCGCUCCUCUUUCCAUGGAUGCUAUGAGCAGCCUUCCCACAGAUCCUUCCUGUGGUGUUCCCACCAAAAUUUGGAAAACCAGCCCUGAUCCUUCGUCAAUGCCUUCCCACAAAAACAGCAUUCCGUGUCACGUCUUUCAGACCGUUGACUUCCACGGGCCUUGUGAGCAGGAGGACAGGAGAAACUCAGCCCCAGAAUCAAUCCUGUUGGUACCUCCAUCCUGGACAAAGCAGCUGGUGCCUGCAAUACCUAUCUGCAGUUUGCCUGUCCAGUCCCUCCCCCCCCUGGAGUGGCCACUGUCCAGCCAGUCGUACGAGCUGCGGAUCGAGGUGCAGCCGAAGCCUCACCACCGCGCGCACUACGAGACCGAGGGCAGCCGAGGGGCAGUCAAGGCACCCACCGGGGGCCACCCCAUCGUCCAG